AUGUAUCCAAAUCAAUCAAGACAACAUCAGAAUACUACACAAUUACAACGAGAAUAUUUAUUACGAUUACAACAACAACAACAAUCACAACAGAAUGGAACAGGUGCUUUGAUGAGUGCACAACAGAGGAAACAAUCUGCCCAGUUUCAACAUUUACAACAAUUACAACAACAACAGCAACAACAAUUGAAUUUAUCUAAUUCAUCUAAUUUAUCAUCAUCAAAUCCAAAUCCAAAUUAUCCUAAUCAACAACAAAAUAUGUAUCAAAACAGACCUGCCUUGAUGGCUAGUAAUAAUUGUUUCACAUUACUCCCGUAUAAAACAAGGAAAGAUGCAUUAAGAAAAUCAGUUUUACAAAAAUAUGAUAUUGUGGGUUAUAUUGCAUCAGGUACUUAUGGACGAGUUUAUAAAGCUAAAUCUAAAAAUCCAAAAAAUUCAUCAGGUAUUUUCGCUAUAAAGAAAUUUAAAGCUGAUAAAGAAGGUGAAGUUGUUUAUUAUACUGGGAUUUCACAAAGUGCAUCAAGAGAAAUGGCACUUUGUAGAGAAUUAAACAAUAAUAAUAUAACAAAAUUGACUGAAACUAUAUUGGAAAAUAAAUGUAUUUAUAUGGUUUUUGAAUAUGCUGAACAUGAUUUAUUACAAAUUAUUCAUUUCCAUUCACAUCCUGAUACUAAAUCUAUACCUGAACAAACUGUUAAAUCUAUAAUGUGGCAAGUUUUAAAUGGUGUUUCUUAUUUACAUCAAAAUUGGGUUUUACAUAGAGAUUUAAAACCUGCAAAUAUUAUGGUUACAUCUGAAGGUGUUGUUAAAAUUGGUGAUUUAGGAUUAGCAAGAAAAUUUAAUAAUCCUUUACAAUCAUUAUAUAAUGGUGAUAAAGUUGUUGUUACCAUAUGGUAUAGAGCACCAGAAUUAUUAUUAGGUGGUAGACAUUAUACUCCAGCAAUAGAUCUUUGGGCUGUGGGUUGUAUCCUUGCAGAAUUAUUAGCAUUAAGACCAAUUUUUAAAGGUGAAGAAGCUAAAAUGGAUAACAAGAAAAAUGUACCUUUCCAAAAAAAUCAAAUGCAAAAAAUUGUGGAAAUUUUAGGUACACCUUCUAAAGAAAAAUGGCCAUCAUUACCCAAAUAUCCUGAAUAUCCUUCAUUACAACAAUUUAAACAAUUUCCAAAUAAUUUACAAGCAUGGUAUCAAUCAAUAGGAGCACAAAAGAAGAAAGGUUUACAAUUAUUAUCAAGUUUAUUAGAGUAUGAUCCAGGAAAGAGAAUGACUGCAUUUGAUGCUUUAUUACAUCCUUAUUUCCUUGAAACUCCUCUUGUAUCACAAAAUAUUUUUGAAGGACAACAAUUUAAAUAUCCAUUGAGAAGAAUUCAAACUGAUGAUAGUGAUAUAACUUCAUCGGCUCCUUCUAAUAAAAGAGGUUUAAAUAAUGAUCAUGACCCUUUGCACUCUAGAAAAAGACAGAAAUGA